AUGGACUCUUACUCUUCCCACCGAGACUCCUCCGCGCGUUCGCCGGGCGACAGGACGUGGAGUAGUCGCGACGACACGCGAGGUAAGGAGGAUCGAGGAGAUACCUUCUAUCGCGGCAGAUCCCCUGGUCACGACCGUCGUGACAGGCGUCGCUCUCGAUCUCCAAUCGCCGUCGAUCGAUACGAGCCUAGGGGCCGUGGGCGCGAUGAGUACACCAGCGGACGGGAUAGGGAUGACCGCCGAGACAGACGUGUAGGCUCGCCUCCGGCUAAUAUCGACCGAUACGUCCCGGGACAGGACAGCGGCCCCACUCCACUGACUGUCAAUCCUCUCGCGGAUCCAGUCAAGCUCCCUUACCAAGUCGGCUUCUCAUACUUUGGAGAAUGGUGGCGGAUGAACGAGAAGAUCAAGGAGGAGAAGGAGCGCCAGCGCACUGGCCGUCGUCGCGAGCCUGAGCGAGUUCGCGGACCGCGCGAAGCACAAGAAGAACGCGAGAAGGAAAAGGCAAAGAUUCAAGUUGCAUACGAUGCCUACAAGGAAGAACUUCAGGCCAAAAUGGCACGCGCCUUCGUUAGCGAGCACAAAAAGGAGCAGUGGUUCUGCGAGCGAUAUGUGCCCGAGAUUCGUGACGCGUUUAGGUCACAACUGAACGAGUUCCGCCGAGGCGGCUAUAGCCAGUGGGAGCAAGAUUUAGAGUCUGGAACAUUUGACGACUUCUCCCUGGAGGGUCUGCCCAAGAGUGAGAGCAAUGGAUCGGGUGGCGUUGUGGAGAAAGAGGAAGGCGAGGCAACCGCUGCCAACGAGAUUCUGGGCGUAGGGGACCUUGUCCCAGUCAACGGUGCCGAUAUUCGGGACGAAAACUUGUACCAGCCAACCCUGCUUAUUAAGACUAUUGCGCCUCAUGUCAGUCGGCAGAAUCUGGAGACCUUCUGCAAGGAGCAUCUGGGAGAGGAAGAAGGUGGCUUCAAGUGGCUGUCCCUGUCAGACCCCAACCCCAGCAAACGUUACCACCGAAUUGGCUGGGUUAUGCUUCAUCCAUCGUCGGAUGUAGCACCUACAGUUGUUGAUCGUGUGGAUCCAAAGGACGAGGACGAAGAUAUGCCUUUAAAGUCACCGGCGGUUGUGUCAACAGCUGAAAAGGCUUUGGAUGCUAUCAACGGCAAGACCGUCAAGGACGAGGUUAGAGGUGACUUUGUCUGCCACGUCGGCGUACAUAACCCUCCUACACACCCUCGAAAGAAGGCUCUGUGGGACCUCUUUUCUGCACCUGAACGGAUUGAGAAGGAUUUGCUUCUCGUUCAGCGACUUAUCAACAAAUUUGAAGAGGACUUUGGGUCCGAUUUCAACGCUGUCCUGAAGAUUGAGGAGAGAGUCGACGAUCUUAAGAAUGCCGGCCGCCUUCAGCCUGUUGUCAGCGUACCGAAGAAGCCGAAGGCCAAGCGCGAGCGGGACCUUGAUGUGGACGACGGCAUGGAAGAUGACGAAGACGGUGCCAUUGAUGAUGACGAGGAAGAGGGUGCGGUGGAUGAAGAUGAGACGGAUGACGAGGAUUUGCUCAUCAAGAAGAAGCAGCUUGAUCUCAUGAUUGAGUAUCUCAGACGUGUCUUCAACUUCUGCUUCUUUUGCGUUUUCGAGAGUGACUCCAUCCACGAACUCACCCGCAAGUGCCCUGGCGGUCACUUGCGACGUCCCAGAAGCACUCUCGGCUCUGCUGCAAAGGCCGUGGCUCGUGCGAGCGCUAAUGGAGAGCCUUUCCCUGGCAAGAAGCGUAGUGAGAUUGAGGAAGAGGGCGAGACGGCUGACACAGACAAGAAGUUCCGCAGUACAACUGGCAAAGCAGAACAACAACUGCUGCGUGCUUUCAACUGGGUCAAGACUUUCGAAGACAAGAUUAUGCAGAUUCUAGACCCUGAAUCGGCAGAUUUACGAAAACUCGGUGGCCGGCCAGUAGAGGACGCCGUAAGUGAGGAGGUCCUCAAAUUUGUGAAGCAGGAGGACGAGCACAAGUGGCGAUGCAAGGUUCCCGAGUGCACCAAAUUGUUCAAGGAAGAACAUUUCUGGCGUAAGCACGUUGAGAAGCGCCACGCCGAGUGGCUUGAAGGCAUCGAACAGGAGUUCCACCUCAUCAACGCCUAUGUCAUGGACCCAUCUCACAUUGCUCCAUCAAGGACGGAUGCCAACUCAAAUGGCCAUUUCCCGCCUGCAAAUGGACAGCCUACCACCGGGACUCCUAGGGGAUUUAACUUGCAGAACUUCACCAUGAAUGGUAUAAUGCCUAUCCCGGGCUUUCCAAUGCCCCCAGGCGGCUUCCCGCCAUUCCUUGGUGGAGGACAUUCGGGUGUGCAGUCUGGCUGGAAUGCCGGCGGCGACGAGCGCAGCGGACCCGGUCCUAUCCGCCGAGGAGGUAUGGGUGGUGGCCGAGGCAAUUACCGAAGUGGCCCUUAUGAUCGCCGCCCCAAUCCUCGUUGGGAUGGUGGCAUGGGCGGAAGAGGUCGUGGCGGCGCUGGAAAGUGGGGAGACGGUGCUGCUGGAGGAGCUGCAGUUGGUCCUCGUGAGGCUACUCAAGGCCGCAGUCUCAAGAGUUAUGAGGAUCUAGAUCAUGUUGCUGGCGGUGGUGGUGGAGAGUUGAACUACUAG